UGAAAAAUAUUGCAAAAUGUAGAAAAAGACUAAAAUUAGUAACAAUGGCUUUGGGUAUAUGGCCUCAAAAAAAUCCGAAUACUAAUUUUUAUUGUAUCCAAUCAUAUAUUGUUGUGGUCUAUCUUGUCAUUGUAUAUUCUGCUGUUUUAAAUUUUAUGUAUCAAAAUCGUCAUUCUUUUACAAUUGUUUUAAAAGGAGCAAGUUUAAGCUUGAGUUUCUCUAUUGUAACACUCAAGGUUGUCGUGUUUAUUUAUCGACGUAAAAAAUUACGUGAAGUUGAAGAUACAAUGGAAGAAAUAUUAAAAUCACAAUUGGGAAAAUCAGAUGAACUUGUGACUACAAUGCUUGGUCCACUUGAUUAUUUUGCACAACAUAUUUCAUUUGGAAUAUUUUUUUUUGGCUAUGCUAUUGGAACUGUAUUAUAUUCAUUUCCAAUAACCCCCAUAACACAUACACCAUGUACACCCAAAUAUACCACAAAUCCAACAAUAUAUCCAUAUGAAAUUGUGGGUGGUAGUCCUCUAUGGUGGGCACAUUUUGCAUUUGAAUCAAUUUUGAGUUUUGUUUUUUGUUCAAUUGGUACAUGUACUGAUAAUUUAUUUGGUUAUUAUUGUUCACAUAUUAUGUCACAAUUUCGUGCAUUAAAUUAUGAAAUGGAAAAUAUUAAACUUGAUGAUCAAUUAAAGAAUAAUAUCAAAGAUAUUGUUAUAAAACAUCAUAAAUUAAUAAAUUGUUGUGAAUUAUUAAUGGAAAUAUAUGGCGAAAUUGUAAUUGUAUUAUUAAUUACAACUGCGCUUAUAUUGUGUUGUUUAGUUUUUCAAAUAAGCCAAAUGACACAAAUAACUAUUGGUCAAGUAAUAUGGUUUACUGUUUAUAUUUGUUACAAAUUAUCACAAGCUUUAAUUUAUGCAUGGGCAGGUGAAAAAGUUAUUGAAGAGAGUGAAAAAUUUCGUAUGGCAAUUUAUACGUGUUCAUGGGAAACACAAUACAGACGAGAUUUAGGAAAAUAUCUUAUUAUUAUGAUGAGUCAAAGGCCAGUCAGUUUUACUGCAUGUGGUAUAGUAUCUGUUGAUGCUAAACUUUUCACAUCAGUAAGUGAAUUAUAAUUAAUAAUUAAUAAUCAUCAGCUAUCAACUAAUCUACGUAAAGUUUCACCUUUUUAUCUGGCACAUGGGACCUCACAUUCAUCUCAUUUAUCACCUGUUAAUGCUACGAUUUCUACUACUAACAAUAAAGUCUGUAGGAAUACGUUGCUAUUAAAUCACAUCAUGUUAUUAUAGCUGUGUACAAAAAUCUAAUCAUGUUUGAUUCACUCUCCUCUUGUACCUAGUCUAGUUCUUAAGCAAUUCCAAUAAUGGUCAUAAUUUUUUAAUUUUUAAGUUAAUUUAUCGUAAUCUAAUUUAACUCAAUACAAUUUAAUUUAAGUUCAAGUACAUAUAUAUACAAAUGUUUAUAAUAUGUCUAUUACACUGUGAUUAAUUACACAACCUAUGUAAUUCUACCUGUAUCCCUAUAAUGGCUGCAUUGCCACUGGGAUUUAUAAAUUUAAGAAAUAAAUAAAAAUCAGUAAUUUUAUUAAUUGUUAUUAAAAUAAAUUUUUUAAAUUUAAUUUCAGAUUUUAAAUGCAGCUUUAUCGUAUUUCUUUUUACUACAAUCUUUAAACGAAUAAAAAUUUUCCUAUAUUCCAUGGACAUGAAAUUCAAUGCAGCUUGCAUGAAAAAUUUAUGGUAAACAGUAUCUUUUUUUUUUACUUGUAUCAGAGUGAUAUAAGAAUUUUUUAUAUCAUACAGUAUAGGCAAUUGUGUGUUUCAAAUGUUUUUCUUCGUGUUUUUGACAAGUUAUGUCUUCUUUUUUUUUUCUGUGCUACUGAAUGUAGCACAAUAAAUAUGUAUUCAUGUGAUAUUUAAUACUUUUUUAAUGUAAUAUUA